UAAAGUGUGACCAUGUUAUUAAAGACUUUCUGUAAAGGUUUGUUCAUAACUUUGAGAGUUCUUCCAUGCCUCUUGUUUUGGGUGGAGAGAUGCGCUACACGUUUAAGCCGGAUGACUGUAUGGUCAUCAACAUUCCUCUGGGAAACCUCAGGAACAUGAGAGACGGCCAGCUGAUGCCCGAGAAAUUCACCUGCGUCUUCAAAGACGCUUACAAGAUCUUUCUUAAAGGACGACCAAAGGAACUCGGGGCGGCUCAGCUCAGCAUCGGAGUGUUUGUCAUUUGCAUCGGCAGCCUCAUUACUCUUGAAUACGGUCGGUCUCAUCUAGUGUACACCCUACCUAGUGCCCUGUUCAUUGCAAGUGGCAUUCUGACAUUUGCAGCUGGAAAUUCUCCAUUCAUGCCUGUGGUGAAGCUGUCCUUCGCAUUCAACAUUAUCAGUCUCUUCUGGUCCAUCGUAGCUAUAGUUCUCUGUCCAAUAUUAAAUGAAGGACAUCCGGGUCCGAUAAAAUUGUUUGUGGGGCUGAAGGUGGUGAUCGGUGUGUUGUGUGGCUUCGAGUUGAUUCUGGCUCUGAUUCUGAUCUACUGGGAGAGUAAAGCCGUGUGCCGAGCACAUUUCAACACUCUGCCCUUGAUCACCAUCAAGCAAGAGGUUUGAUUGGACGGGUCAGAUCGAGGACAAAUGACCCAUUUGUGAACUGAACUUUAAUUACAUCUGAACUGAAUGUAUAUAUAAAUGUUUGUUUAAUGCCUUGUUUCUGUAGCUCAGCCUGUGCUGCAGUGUCAGGGUCAUGGGUUCGAUUCCCAGAGUGUGAAUAAAUCAAAUGUUUAACAUGAAUGCACUGUAAAUCGCUGGAUAAACUUGCUUGCCAAAUGCAUACAUGUAAAUGUGCACAAUAAGCUUAUAGUUUUCUGUGCAUUUGCUCACUAUUAAAGUACUGUUUUUAACCUCUCA